GUUCACUAUAUAGAGAGCGCAGCGAGCUGAUCAGAGAGAAAGCGCUCUGCCAGCCUCGCUACUACAAAUCGCAAUCACUUCCUAACCUCCCCCUUUUUUACAUAUUUGAUCACUUUGAUUCUCUGAUCUCUUUCUUAUUAUUUUUACGUGCAUGAAGGAGGUUCUAUAGGUUGUGAUCUUUUUUCAUUAGUAGCCUACUCUUGCUUGCCGGAGAGUUGACUUCAUCUUAUUUGACUGAAGCACUUGCUUUCGGCUGCACGCUGUUGUUGCCUCAAUAAGAAGAGGAAGAAACAGAAUCGUUUCUCUUUUUUUGCCAGUAAAUGGUUCUCUCCGGAACUUCUCAAGGAAUUUGGGAUCGAUCGCUCACUGCUGGUGUGUUUUUAGAGUUGACUUUGGCUUCAUUUUUAUAUAUUUUUUUCUUCUUCUUUUUGUGCAUCAGCAGCAUCUGUACUUCAUUGGCUCUUCGUCCAUUCCCUGUUCCCUGUGUAUAUCGGUUGUCUUUCUUUUAUUAUCACUUUUUUCUUUAUCGGUUUUCGUUCAUGGGGUUUCUGAAUGGCUCCCUGCAAGACUCUGGAUUUGGCCUCUGAGUGCGUGGCUACUGCUCAGUUAUUCAAUCCAUCAGGUUUAAAACAUCACCUAACGCGUUUCUUCGUUUAAAGGAAAAAAAUAGAUGUUUUCUUUGCUUAAGUAAAGUGUCAGAUCACAGCAUAGAAAACAUAGAGCAAUCGUUUAUGCAUCUUUAAUGAUCUCUGCUCGACCGGUUACAGUUUGCUGCGUUAUUCUGAAACUAUAAAACACUACGAUACCAAAAAACGGGAGGCAAAAAGUUUAUUAACGUUGACUGAUAGAUAUGGCAAUGGUAGUGUGGAGGGGCUCCCAGGACGAUGUCGCCGAGACGCAGGGCACCCUCUCCUCGCAAGCCCCUCAAGGAGGACCGCUGUCGCUCCCCACUCCUCAACCAGGCCAGCUGAACCUUGGAGGUUCCCAGGUCGCCGCGCCGACCCCACAGACAACCGUUCAGGGUGGACCACCGAACAACACGACACAGUCUACGCAGUCGAACCAGACGACCCAGAGUCAGGCAGAAAAACAACCCCAGCACAUCGAAUGCGUUGUUUGCGGCGACAAAUCUAGCGGUAAACACUACGGUCAGUUUACAUGCGAGGGGUGCAAAAGCUUCUUCAAACGGAGUGUACGGAGGAACCUCAGCUACACAUGUCGUGCCAACAGGAACUGUCCUAUCGACCAGCACCACCGCAAUCAGUGUCAGUACUGUCGCCUAAAAAAAUGCCUCAAAGUUGGCAUGAGACGGGAAGUUUCUCUUUUUACUGCAGCGGUACAACGAGGACGGAUGCCACCCACGCAGCCACACCACGGUCAGUUCGCCUUGACAAACGGGGACCCCCUACACUGUCAUUCCUACCUAUCCGGAUAUAUUUCGCUUCUUCUGAGAGCGGAGCCCUACCCUACAUCCCGAUAUGGCAGUCAGUGUAUGCAGCCGAACAACAUCAUGGGCAUCGAGAACAUUUGCGAACUGGCGGCCCGGAUGCUCUUUAGCGCCGUGGAGUGGGCAAGGAAUAUCCCCUUCUUUCCCGACCUACAGAUUACGGACCAGGUGGCCCUUCUGAGGCUGACCUGGAGCGAGUUGUUUGUUCUGAACGCUGCACAGUGUUCCAUGCCACUGCACGUGGCGCCUCUUUUGGCGGCGGCGGGCCUGCACGCAUCUCCCAUGUCAGCGGAUCGAGUUGUCGCCUUCAUGGACCACAUUAGGAUCUUCCAAGAACAAGUUGAGAAGCUGAAAGCUUUGCACGUCGACUCUGCCGAAUACAGCUGCUUAAAAGCCAUUGUGCUUUUCACCUCAGAUGCUUGCGGUCUUUCAGAUGUGGCUCACGUGGAAAGUUUGCAAGAAAAAUCGCAAUGUGCUCUGGAGGAGUACGUCCGGAGCCAGUACCCCAACCAACCUACACGAUUUGGGAAGCUCUUACUUCGCCUGCCCUCUCUUCGCACGGUCUCCUCUUCGGUCAUAGAACAGUUAUUUUUCGUCCGUUUGGUAGGUAAAACCCCGAUUGAAACCCUCAUCAGAGACAUGUUGCUUUCCGGAAGCAGUUUCAACUGGCCCUACAUGUCAAUUCAAUGAGCAGGAUGAGAACAUGAGGAGUCCCAGACGACACUAGUUAUCGCUUCUUUUAGAAGGAAAACCGCUGUUACACACGUUUACUUACACGAAGACAAUUUGUAAACUGACUGUGAAUUAAAGAAAAACAAACCGAGACAUUCAGUAAACUUUUACAGUUCAGACAAAAGCUCCCGUGUCAUUCUGAACAACUUGCUACUCUUUUUUUUUCGGUAAAGCCUUUCAGAAUUGAAAUUAUAAAGUGCAUUUAAAAGGAGAAUUUUGUUAAAAUUAGGAGAAAACGUAAAAACUUAGUUAUCUUUUCCAAAUUAUUAUUGUCCUGUGUCAAUGUAUCUAUAGCUGUUUUGUAUUUAUUCUCCUUCGUGGUUCCAAACCUGCUGAUGUGAUUCUAUAGUAUAAAGUUUAAAAUAUAACCAUGGCUUCAUAAGUAAAACAGUGUAAGAAAUCUAUUCCGAGAGAAUUAAAACUAAAUCAACGGCAAUAUGUGUACAAUGCGUGAUACUGGGCGCGUGAUACAUUGGUCUUUUGAAUAGUUCACGUUCCGUUUACUUUUAGCGACCCAAAAAUAGAAGGAUUUCAGUCGAUAGGAAAAUUUAUUGUUAGGAACUGGGGAUUUCUUUUUAAUAGCACUAUUUAAAGCCUAGUGUCAAAUAUGCUCAACGCUUCAGCUGAAGCGAUUUCAAUCAUUUUAUCAUACAAUGCAACCUUAACUUUUUAUUUUCUAACGCUUUCAUUGCAUUGGUAGAACAAGGACUAUUUCCCCAUAUUCCUAAAUUUGAUAAGGCGCUUUUGACCUAGAGUGAAUUAGUGCAGAGUGUUCAACCGAACAAAUUACAUGAUUAUUUUACAAGUUAACAUUAAGAGAUUAAACAAUGAGAUUAUGUUUUUGUAUCAAAUCAACCAUUUAAUAGGGGGUGUGAUUGGCUGGUGGCUGUAGUGUAUUGUUCUGCUAAUUUAAGAUGGAAGUAUUGGCGAAUCAACAUUAAAAAAAAAAAAAGUUUACAGACUUGCACGAUGUGACAAGUGACUCUAAAUCAGUUUUCCAUAGCGUAUUAUAUGCCAUUUUAUAUCUCUGUCAGUCUAAUGAAUGCUUACCACCGAUAAAAAUGUUUGGUAAUUUAAUAACUUAAAAUAAGCAGAGAAGGGUCAAGGGUCACUUUACCUUUUCAUAUUAGAGCUAAUAUAUUUUUCAGAAGCAGUGUUAUGUUCUCUGAACUGUCAAAAUGUAAUACACUAAAUAAUGCCCAAUACACUUCAAGCAUCAAGUGCCUGUAAAGAUGGAAAUUUUAAAUUUACUUUUUAAAUUGGUUAAUAAAGUGUUAUGAACCUGGGGAACAGUCUAAGGUUUGAAACAUCAGUCUUAUGAUUGUGCAUUUCACAUACAAAAGACAGCAAUUAGAAGCAGUAUUGUUGUAAAUAUAGGUCAAUUCUUUUCAAUGAGUUCUCUUUUAUACAAAGUAUAUGUGAUUAAGAAAAUCUGUGGUUGCCAUUUUUUAUUUGGUAAUACAACAUGUCUUCAAAAUGAGUGACAGACUUAGCCAGUAGCACUGAAAGCUGUUUUAAAUGUAUAUACAUAUUACAAAAAUGUUUUUUUUUUUCCUCUUUUCUUUUUUCUUAAAAAAAUGUAUUUAGACUGUGAAUGCAUGGCCACAGGUCACUAACCUAUUUUACAUUUCGAUAUAUAUAUAUAUUAUAUAUAUAUAUAUAUAUAUAUAUAUAUAUAUAUAUAUAUAUAUAUGUUUUUUACUGUAUAGAUAUAAUCUGUGCAUUCAGUACAAUAGCCCUUGUAUUUAAAAAAAAAGAAACAAGACAUUCAGUAAUAAGACUUAACAGGGUUAGGUGAAUUGGUAAAAGAGGUGGGGGAACCACUAUUUUGAUUUAGUGUUUCACUCCUUUUCAACAAUAACCAAUGCCUUGUGUGUGUGAAAGCUUGCAAUUUUGUCUUUCUUUUGAGGGUUUUCUUCAACACACAAGUCACCAUGUUGUGGCUGGAUAAAAGGGAUCAUUAUAAUAACUAACUGAACAUUAUGUUUGGUUGUUCUAGGAUACAUAUGGACCAGAGAAUGAUACAUGAUUGUAAUUAUCACACACGAACACGCACACACACAGACACACACAUAUAUAUAUAUAUAUAUAUAUAUAUAUAUAUAUAUAUAUAUAUAUACUAUUGCAGGGUAUUGAUAACGUAUAGAUACUUUAUUAUUAUUAUUAUUAUUAUUAUUAUUAUUAUUAUUAUUAUUGCAAGUGAUGUACGUGAGUGUGUGUGUGGAAGUUUAUAGUUGAAAACAAUUCUUGUUUGUUUGUGUUAGCUUAUUGUAAACAAGCAUUCUGCUGUAAAUUUGUUCUUGGUAUUAAAUUAUAAUUUAUGAAUUUGAAA